AUGGAAUCACAAGACCGCGGGCCAUGGGAGUCCUCAGAGGGCGCCUGCUACGUUGCUCUCACCUAUGAUCUCCUCGACGCCGCGUCCAUCAUGAACCGAGUCCGCUCACCACAGGCCGGAGCCAUCGUCCUCUUCUCCGGCACAACGCGCGAUAGCUUUGGCGACAAACCCGUCAAAGAGCUGCAGUACAGCGCGUACACCCCACUCGCCCUGCGCACGAUGCUCUCCAUUGCCAAGAGCAUCCUCGAGAAGCACGGCCUGAAGGGAGUUGCCAUGAUCCACCGUCUCGGCACAGUACCUAUUGGAGAGGAGAGCAUUCUGAUUGCCGUCUCAUCACCGCACAGGCAAGCAGCUUGGAGGGCUGGUGAAGAGGCCUUGGAAGAGUGCAAAGCUAAAGUCGAGGUUUGGAAGCGGGAGGAGUUUCACGGCGAAGACGGUGUGUGGAGAGCGAACCGAGAUGGCAUCGCGGGGCAGAAAGUGGCCGACACGGACAAGAAGGCGGGAGAACAGCCUCAGACAUAA